AUGUCCUAUGAUAACGCCAUCACCCGCGAUGGUUUCACCUCUUCAUUCGCCCGGUUCCGCACUACACGCGGGGACAAUGAACGAGUAGAUGGUUCCUCUCUGCGAAGGAUAUUUCUACCCAAGCUCAGCCGCGAAGGCCAAAAGAUUCUACGAGACCGCACUGAUUUUGUCCGCAGCCAACUACAACACUAUGGAGUGCCUUUCGAGGAGAGUCAGCUAUCACGCAACGGAACGCAGCUGAUGAAAAAAGUCCUCCAAGAAGGAAAGUGCGACAAAGUGCCUGUACACAUCCUGGCCCUGGAGGAGCAGCUAUAUCAGGAAUGGAUUGCUGCAAGUAAUAUAGAGGUGCUGUCUUCCAAACCCGAGUGGGUGAUAAAGAAGUUCUUCAUAAGAGCUAGGGAACCAGAUCCAUACCAGACGAGGACAAGCACUGUCGUCGGGGUUUCCUUUCCUCGAUAUAGCGUGUGUCGUCCAGGGCGCAUGCGAGAGGCUGCUGAUCAGGUGGCGAGCUUACAUCACGACACUGGUGUGGUUCCGGAGACGCAGACAGUAUUCUUGGGAUGGGAUAAGUCUGCUGUUGGGGAAGCAGCAAAGGAACAUGCGAAUAAGGAAAGGACUGAGAUUGAGGCUCGGGAACAGAGGAGAGAAAGCAAACGCACGAAAAUGCAUGCCGACUACCUUGCGGCUCUCGGACGGAUGAAGGGCGCUGCGGCAAGGAAAUCGCCGGUCGGAAGCUAUAUCGUUGACUGUAAGGAGAUCGGGGAUGGAUGGUCAAGUCUAGCGGAGGACAUAGUACUUGAAAUGAUGAACACACAACGAAAGGGGAAGAUUCAUGCUAGAUUCAAUUUUCGUGUAGUGAUAGGCGUUAUGGUCAUAUCUGAGGAGCAUAUGACUGAGACCGACGAAGAGGAGAUUGGCGACGAUCAUGAAAACAUUGGAAAAGGAACUAAGAGAAAGACAAUUGCCCAUAAACAUAGCAGGCCGCCGAAGAAAGCGAAGGCAGAGAAGACGAGCGAACCCUACACGUACCGGUUAAAGCUCAGAUGCCGUGAAACUGGCGAAGAGGCUGUGUUUCCUUGUGUUGGCUCUGGGAUUACUUUUACUGCACGGAAGGUGUCUGAUGAUCCAUGUCCAAGUGGUGAGAAAUGGGAGGACUAUUCAGAGGCUGCAUAUGAAUACGCAUGGGUUAGUAGAUGUCAUUGA